CAUGAGGUAAUACCGCGUCAUUACCAUACAAACCAUACCCGGGAAUCGAGCAUCAGGAUGCCAAUCACAGCGGCAAUUCAUUCGAGAGCCAAUUACCCUUUAUCUAAUCGCCUGCUAUACACGCCGGGUGCCAGGACUAUCAGGCACUCAGAAAUACUUUUCCACAGAUACAGAGACCUGGCACCACAACUUGUUCCAGAAGACUACACAAAUAAACCAGAUGUGAGGAUUCCUUAUGAACUCAUCGGCAGCAUGCCAGAGCUAAAGGAUAACCCUUUUCGCCAAAGGAUAGCAGAAGUUUUCUCAGAAGAUGGGGAUGGAAAUAUGACACUGGAUGAUUUUCUGGACAUGUUCUCAGUGCUUAGUGAAAUGGCUCCUCGAGAUCUUAAAGCAUAUUAUGCAUUCAAAAUAUAUGAUUUCAAUAAUGACGACUACAUAUGUAAAUCAGAUUUAGAAAAGACACUGAACAAGCUCACUCGAAAUGAGCUUACACCAGAAGAAGUGUGUCUGGUAUGUGAUAAGGUAAUAGACGAAGCUGAUGUAGACAACGAUGGAAAGCUGUCCCUGGAAGAUUUCCAACACAUGAUCAUUAGAGCUCCGGACUUUCUCAGCACCUUCCACAUUCGGAUUUAACAGCUGUAUGUCUUCAAAGAAUCUUGAAGUUGUAAUUUCAAUGCAAACACAGUUUUAAUAUCUGGAAAAAAUCUGUGGCUAUUGAAUGUAUCUGGCUUUAAUAGCCUGUGAAAACGAACUGUACAAGUGUAUUUCUGAAUUGUUGAAUUUAUGCAUACAGGAAAGUUAUCCCUUCCAUCAUGUCGUGAAGACAGAUAUUAUUAACAUGCUGUUGUAAUUAUGUACUUUUACUGAUCCAGUGUUCCUGUAAAUUGCCCAUGUAUAAUUAUUUGGGUCCUAGCUCUGAAAACAGUAUUUUUUACAGUUUAAUUAAUAAGUGAAAAAAGUCUUUAUGGGAUUACUAAAGUGAAGUUAUCUGGCUCCUCAAGAAACUCUGCAUUUGCCCAAGUAUGCUUUACACGUUGGUAGAUUAUAAUUUUUUUACGCAAAAUUUACUAAUGGAAUGAAUGAUAAUACUUAGAGCCGUGUUUGCCCUAAUUAUUUUGGUUGUAAAUAAAAAAUAAAUUGGUGUUUUUUUUGCACA